CAAAAUGUAAAGCUAAGCUUUAGUAACAUAUUUUGUAGCGGUACGAUGCAAGUUCUAUUAGACAUCCACUGGUAACGAAGCAACGCCUUGUUGUGUUUUUAUUUGCAAUGUGUUUCUGUGUAAAAGGUUAAAAAUCUGUUCGAAUUUGCUUGCUAGGCGUGAGAAUAUAACGUUAGUUUGAGAGACGUGACAUUGAUUCGGCUGCCCUAACGAGAGGAUUGUAAAGGUGUCAACACCUGUGUCACAUGAGUUUAUUAAUAGAUCUCCGAACCCAUUGGCCGAAGUGUUGAGCUGGAUGCCUAUCGCUAUCAGCAGUUUAAAACUUGUGUUUAUAUUUUCAAUGUUUAUUCAUCAAACAUGAUUUGAUUUACCCUCUUCAAACAAAAUAAGGAAGAUGCUUGACAAAUUUGGCUAGGGUGACAAUGAAAGCCAAGGCAGACUAUUUGAGAAGUAUUUCACUUCUCCUGGUAAUGAUAUGUCUGUUGAUGUCAGAAGGUCAUGGCCAAACAGAUACCUGUAGCACAGAAUGUGGGUGGUCAUCAACAUGUGCCAACUCUACUUGUGUGUGCUUGUCUGGCUUUGUUCUUCAUACAGAUGGCAAAAACUGUCGUAAUGCUUCCUGUACUGACGUUGAAUGCCUACAGUGCCUACAGCCAAACACUUGUAAAAAAUGCGCCAACUUCCUGUCCGCGACCAGUGGGCUGUGCCUGAAGGUGUGUGUUGGGUCUUCGCAGAUGCUGGAGGAUAAUUUAAUUUGUUCAGAGAAGAGUGAUGAUGGCACCAAAGUGAAUCUAGUCAUUGCUGUGGUAGCCGGUGUAGGUGCUGGAGUCAUCAUCUGUAUUGUUGUCAUCAUCAUCGCAUGUGUUUGUGUACGCAGGUCAAGAAAAAACAUAAACUUGUUGAAGAAGAGCUACACAGUCAGACAAAUGGAUAAUGGUCAUAUCAAGCAGUUUCCUACUUAUGAGAAUUCAGCAUUUGAAAGCGAAACAACAACAUAUGGUAAAAUUGACCCGCUGGAGUACAUAGGUGAACUGGACAGACUACGGCCACACACAGACGCUCUGAUGGCCAUGUUGAGUCAGGUCAGGGGUAAAACAAGGGCAAUGGACUCCACAGACACAAGAGUUCCAACAUACAAGGGUGUGAUCCACCAGCUGUGUAGAGUGUUGGCGCUGUUACACAAGAAGGACCCAGUGGUCAGUAUCCCGUCUGACGCCAUGGCCCUGGUCCAGUGGGCCCAUCAGAUGCUGGAGGACAACAGAGAACAGGAGUCUGCAUUCAACCCUGAACUGUGUGGGGACUACCUGCCCUCUGUCGACCUAGUCCUGGACACUGACACGCCCAUCUACACAAUCCCAGAUGCCAGCCUCCCCGGCACAUCAGUCGACGCCCACUACACCACGCUCCCCACCUCACGCACAAAAGAUAAACAAACCUACUACAGCCUGGGCAGGAAGUCGGGGUACGCCACCAUCAACCGCGCGUCAUCGGUAACCAACGCUGCAUUGAUCAGAGCUCUCGAGUCUGACCACUGUGAUACGCUGACUUACCCGAGUCACCCGGACCCUGAGGUCGUAACACGGGAGCCUGACGACUACCCCAUAACGACAUACCAACCCAAGCACGAGGUGACCCACAGGACAAGUUCUGUCCUCAGCAGGGAGGAUUUACAAAACUUUUUGAUCAGCUCGUCCAGGCAGAAAUCAAACAAGUCCACGCAAGGUGUUCGGAGCGGCUACGAUUUCACUGACAUGACAUCUCCACAAAUAUCCAGUCCAGCUUUACAGAACAGCCCACAAAUAUCCAGUCCAGCUUUACACAACAGCCCACAAAUAUCCAACCCAACAUUAAAGCAUGUGCACAGCCCACAAAUAUCCAAUCCAACUUUAGAGAAUGUAAACAGGUUUAGAGAAGCUGAGUCCACAUACCCUGUGAAAACCUCCAAGAAACCUCCCAUCCCCCCGAAGCCCAGCUCCUUGCAACAAGACAACUCGGUCGUUAGUUAUCCUUCCAUCAAAAAGAACAUCAUCACCAACCCCAAUGCAAUCAAGAAAUCCAACUCGCUAUCAAAAUACGCCGUCCCAAAUAUUGGCUACUUUGCCAAUGGUCACUAUUAUGACCCCAACCCGAUGCCUCGGACAGACUCUGAAGUCUAUGCACCAGGAAGUAACUACAGCGACCGCAGCAUUGUCAUGUCCACAUUCCUCGGCGACCAGCCUCCAUCUGAGUCUUGUAGUGACCAAUCGGAGGAUGGAGAUGAUGACUCUGAUUUUAGUGGUGGUGACCUGGACGUAUUCCCAUUUGACCUCAGGGAUGCCACGGAGCCAGUAGAAGUCUAGUCAUUUAGGACAAGGUGUUAUAUAGCCCAGGGUGUCAUUUAGGACAAGGAGUCAUUUAACCCUGUGUGUCAUUUAGCCCAGGGUGUCAUUUAGCCCAGGGUGUCAUUUAUCAUAAGGUGUCACAUAACCCAGGGUGUCUUUGAGCACAAAGUGUCACUUAGCACAGUGUCAUUUCGCACAAGUUGUCAUUUAGCCCAGGGUGUCAUUUAGCGAAAGGUGUCAUUUAGUCCAGACUAUCAUUUAACCCUGGGUGUCAUUUAGCCCAGAGUGUCAUUUAGCAAAAGGUGUCAUUUCACACCUGGGUGUCAUUUAGUACCAGGAUGUCAUUCAGUCCAGAGUGUCAUUUAACCCUGGAUUUCAUUUAGUGUAAAUGUCUUUCAACCCUGGGUGUCAUUUAGUGUAAAUGUCAUUUGUAGGUUGCCAUGGGUUACAGAUAGCCAUACAGUACAGUAAUAUUGUAGGUCCCAAGUAGAUGUUCAACAAUUUACAAUACCUUGUGCUUGUUUAGCCAAUCCAUGCAAUGAACACCAUUAUGCAAUAUCCAUGUUGCCUGACUUGCUAUGCAUUAUUUACUUAAUUUUGAAAAAAGUAUUUGACUAUAUUUCUAUUAACAAGGAACUGUACUGCAAUUCAAUAAGGACUGACUUAAAAAGUAUUUAUUUUUAAGAAUGAUUGGUUUAAUAGUUUCAAUCAUGUAGUCAAAAUAAAUUUAAAUUAUCUUGCUACAAUGUGUAGCCAUAGGUUUUUUAAAACUAAAUGUGAUGAUCUUCAACUGAAUGAAUGUCAUGUUUAAUGUUGUUAUAAAUAACUUUAGUUUUUAGUGGUUUAAAGAUGUCUUUGUAAAAAUUAUGGGAGUUACCUCCCCUUGGUUAGUUUAAACAUAGUUUAACCCCUAGAUACAAAUACAAUGAUAGGGUGACAUCUUUAGACCUUUUUUUUGGGUAACUGAAUUAAUUGUUUUACACUAUAUAAGCCAGAGGGUAGCAUUCACAGCAGGGUAUAUAAUAUAUAUAUUCUUCUCUAUCACCAAGCUGUAACCUUACACAGUAGUGUAGAGAUUUAGUUAAAUUGAGACAUUUUAAUAAACCCACCCUCCUGGAUUUAUAUACAGUGUU